UCUCUUCUUUUUUUUUUGGUCAGUUUUAUCGAGGGGGUGUCACCGUUUUCAUGUUAUCGUCCCGUCUUUUCAGACUAACUGCAGAUCGCUGACCAGAGCUGAGCCGGCCACCCAGGCUGUCGGUCACGACUCGAUGACACUCCUCUCCGAUUGAAACUUCUUUCGUCGGUGUUCUGCCGAUAAGGAUUGUGUCGUUAUUGUAAAAGGUCAGAAUGUUUUGAAACACGAUGGUAAGGGACAGAUAGCAUAUGCGGUUGUACGGAUUCACGGUGUGGAGCUAAGACGAGCUGUUAACGAUGAACGAGCCGGCUUAGUUUUGAGUAUGUCCUACACGGAGCUCGAGCAUGGAUACCAAGGGUUGAAAAAGACUCGUCCGGCGUUCUAUAUAGGACAUGAGACCGCGGAAGUACUUAGAUCCACGACGACAAAGGCAGUUUAAUCUGAGGACAUGCUGGCAUAGAGAUAUGAAAAAAGCCAGGUGCUUCUUUAGCAAAGAAUUUUGGUCCGAUCUGAGCAAGAAAUUGUUUAAUAAAAAGCCAAAAAAUAAAGCAGGAAAAAUCAAAGAGCCGGCGUCGAUGGAUUUUUCAAUAAACUAUUCAGGAAGCUCGAGUGAUGGAGACGAAGAUGCAAGUGGUAAACAGGUCGUUGUCGGCAUAUGUGCCAUGUCCAAGAAAUCACAAUCGAAACCCAUGCGGGAAAUCCUUACAAGACUGGCGGAAUUCCAAUACAUUCGGAUCCUGGUUUUCCCCGAAGAAGUCAUUGUAUCGAAACCAGUGGAAGAAUGGCCAUUGUGCGACUGCCUUAUCUCUUUUCACUCCAAGGGUUUCCCGUUGGAAAAAGCGCUCCAAUAUUCAAACUUGCGUCACCCUUAUGUCAUCAACAACUUGAACAUGCAGUAUGAUAUUCAGGUAGACCGAAGGAAAGUUUAUGCAAUUUUAGAGAGUCAAGGUAUUGAAAUUCCAAGGUAUGCAGUUCUUGAUAGGGAUUCAACAGAUCCUAUGCAGCAUGAACUGAUCGAAUCGGAGGAUCAUGUCGAAGUGAAUGGAAUUGUAUUCAACAAACCGUUUGUUGAGAAGCCGGUCUCUGCAGAAGACCAUAAUAUUUAUAUAUACUAUCCGACAUCAGCUGGAGGUGGGAGCCAACGCCUAUUUCGUAAAAUUGGGAGCCGUAGCAGCGUAUACUCACCUGAGUCGAGAGUGAGAAAAACAGGGUCUUACAUUUAUGAGGAUUUUAUGCCAACUGAUGGCACAGACGUGAAGGUGUACACGGUCGGCCCGGAUUAUGCACACGCGGAAGCCAGAAAGUCACCCGCGUUAGAUGGAAAAGUAGAGCGUGAUUCAGAGGGCAAGGAAAUUAGAUACCCUGUCAUUUUGAGCAAUGCAGAAAAACUUAUUUCACGGAAAGUGUGCCUUGCUUUCAAACAAACUGUUUGUGGUUUUGACUUGUUAAGAGCCAAUGGAAAAUCAUUUGUCUGUGAUGUCAAUGGAUUUAGUUUUGUUAAGAAUUCAAAUAAAUAUUAUGAUGACUGUGCAAAGAUACUGGGCAAUAUGAUAUUGAGAGAGCUGGCCCCCACACUUCACAUUCCUUGGUCUAUACCGUUUCAACUUGAUGAUCCUCCAAUAGUACCUACAACUUUUGGAAAAAUGAUGGAACUGAGAUGUGUUGUAGCUGUAAUAAGACACGGCGACAGAACACCAAAGCAGAAAAUGAAAGUUGAAGUAAGGCAUCAGAAGUUUUUUGAAAUAUUCGAGAAGUACGGAGGUUUAACAGAUGGACAUGUCAAAUUGAAAAGGCCGAAGCAAUUGCAGGAAGUACUGGACAUUGCUAGGUUCCUACUAAAUGAAAUCGAGCAGAGGGCUGCUCCCGAGCUGGCAGAAAAACAAGCAAAGCUUGAACAAUUAAAAAGUGUAUUAGAAAUGUAUGGUCACUUUUCGGGUAUAAACCGUAAAGUUCAGAUGAAGUACCAACCUAAAGGUCGUCCCAAAAGCUCGAGCAGUGAUGACGGUGAGACUCAAUAUGGUCCAAGUGAGCCAAGCCUAGUGCUAAUAGUUAAGUGGGGAGGAGAAUUGACACCGGCAGGCCGAGUGCAGGCGGAAGAACUUGGCCGUAUCUUCAGGUGUAUGUAUCCUGGAGGACAAGGUAGACAUUACACUGGAGAGUAUGCUGGUACUCAGGGGUUGGGUUUACUCCGAUUACACUCCACAUACCGCCACGAUUUAAAAAUAUACGCUUCUGAUGAAGGAAGGGUUCAAAUGACAGCUGCUGCUUUUGCUAAAGGACUCCUUGCCCUUGAAGGGGAACUCACACCAAUCCUCGUCCAAAUGGUGAAGUCAGCAAACACCAACGGCUUGCUCGACAAUGAUUACGAUGCAAGCAAACACCAAGAUAUUGCAAAAUCCAGGCUGCAUUCCCUCAUGCAGGAAGAUCGUGAUUUCUCUGCUGAAGAUAGAAUUGCGAUCAACCCUUGUAAUGCCAUUUCCAUCAAUCUGGCUCUUGACUUUGUGAAAAAUCCUGUCAGAGCUUGCGAAAGGGUUCAAGAUUUAAUACAAAAAUUGGUCAAUAUUGUCAAACUGAAGAAGGACGAUCCAAAAACAAAAGAUGCAGUACUGUAUCAUGGCGAGACUUGGGAGCUGAUGGGAAGGCGUUGGGGAAAAAUAGAGAAAGAUUUCUGUCAGAAAAAUAAAACGUACGAUAUAUCGAAAAUCCCCGACAUAUAUGAUUGUAUAAAAUAUGAUCUCCAACAUAACCAGCAUACGCUGCAGUUUGAUCAAGCUGAAGAACUGUACAUAAAUGCAAAAUACCUUGCUGAUAUUGUUAUACCUCAGGAAUAUGGCAUGACAAUGCUUGAAAAGCUAACAAUCAGUCAAGGUAUUUGUACACCUCUUUUGAAGAAAAUACGCGCCGAUCUCCAAAGGAAUAUUGAGGAGACUGGAGAAGAGAACGUCAAUAGGCUAAAUCCAUGGUAUUCACAUGGGGUUUCGAGUCCUGGGAGACAUGUCCGUACCCGACUGUAUUUCACAAGUGAAAGCCACUUGCAUUCCCUAUUGACAGUACUAAGGUAUGGAGGGCUGAUUAAUAAUGGCGAAGAAAAUGUGAGUACAUCAGAAAUGUCUAUUUCCUUUUUUGAAGAUCCAAGAAUAAAAGAACCAGUGAAAAUUCCUGUUGUGGAACGUGUAUAUAACUCUAGGGAUGAACAGUGGAGAAGGGCGAUGGAAUAUGUGAGCAUGGUGUCUGAAAUUAAUUAUAUGUCUCAGAUUGUGAUAUUACUUUAUGAAGAUCCAACCAAAGAUCCAAGUUCAGAACAAAGAUUCCACGUGGAACUUCACUUCAGCCCUGGGGUGAAUUGUUGUGUCCAAAAAGAUUUGCCUCCUGGCCCUGGGUUUCGGCCUCAUUCGAGGAAUGACCAAGGGAAUAAAUCCAACCACUCUAUAAGUUCUCCAGAAAAUUCCUCAGUGGAAUCACCGCCCUCCUCUCCAGAAAUUAGAAAGAAACAAGAAGGGACCAAUGUUAUAUCUGAUCCCAUACCCAUAAGGCCGAAACCAACAAACCAUGGCACCCAAGAUGAGAGGCAGUCUCUCAGACAAAAGAAGCAGCUUCAAACCAAUCCUGGUGUUGAAACAAAAUCAAAAUCGUAUGAACAAUCGGUACGACAACCUACUACUACUGUUGGAAACCCUUCAAGGGCUGUAGGAAAACAGAAACUGGAUUGGGAACUGCAGAAUUUCGACAUUUGUAGUAACACUGCCUCAUUUGUAAACAAACAAUUGAUUAAGCUUGGAAGCAUCCCUUCAAGGGCUUUAGGAAAAACAAUGAAUUGGGAUCGACAAAGUUAUGGCAUUCAUAGUAACACUGCUACAUUUGUGAACCAACAGUUGAAUAUGCUUGAGAUAAGACGCAGGCAGAGGCACAGUGUCACUGGUUUCCGUGCUCAGCGACCUGGUGCAAUGACUAGAGUCAGUCCAGCCUCAGGUUCCAGUCGAGACUCUCCGUCCUUCUUUCUGAUUGGGCAGCACAAAACUGCGAGAAGUGUCUUCUCCACAGCUGUCAUCUCUGGAGCAGCUUCAGCUCCAAAUCUCACCGACAUCAUUCCCAAUACCGCAUCGGUCUCAGAAGGCUGCGGGGGCGUUCCGCCAAUCAGGCCAUUGGAGACGCUUCACAACGCCCUUUCUCUCAAGCAGAUAGACUCCUUCUUGGAUAGGAUGGCUCGCUCCUUCAAGACGCCGGCAUCCACACCACCAAAAGUUCCAUCGAGUCCUCGCCUGUCAUCACCCCCAGGCAUGGGAUGGUCUGACCCACCGAGUUUCGUCUCAUCAAGUGAGGCUUCCUCUCCUACCCCACUUCCAGAAUUCUUUCUUGCACAGAGACUCGGUAUGAAUCCCAUUACUCUCUCGAGAAGAGACCAUAGAGACAGUAUGGAGGUAUUCAAGACAGUGGACAACUUAAUGCAUUUCGCACCAAUUUCACCAGAAGAAGAGACUGUAGAUUGUGAAGGUAGUGGAGGAGUGACUCCAGUCUCUUGUGGAAGUGAUGAAAUUGACGUCAGUUCUGAAAUGUUGGAAGCAGACAGCACUGUAGUACCUAUUGACACUGUCAGGGCGCGUUUAUCUGAUAUCUGUUGGAACAAACCAUCCCCAGAAAACAAAUCAGAAAAAGCAGGCAUUUCUUUGAGCCGGUUUGUCUGCACUAGUGUUAGCGAACCUGAACUUCUACAGAUCCAAACUGUCCAUGAGCCCUCUUUGACAUUAGCAACAUCUACACCAGAAUCUACCUCUAUUGGAUUUAAAAUUGAUGGUAAUGAAAAGAUGUAAAUAGAGAAAUUGUGAUUAUGUAAAGACAAAUUGUAUAAAUAAUCGCUUCUAAUAGAUUAUAUUUAAAUUAUGUACAAGUUUAAAGUAAAAAUACACUCGAUGAUAUACAUAUUAGUCAGUAUUAUUUCUUAAUGUGAUAGCAAAGACAACACAGUUCAACAAAUUAAAAAAAAAAAGUAUUUUAUUAUAUAGUAAGACUACUUCAAGUAUCCCACCACUACCUUAUUAAUAAACUCCAAGUUGUAUACUAAUUUAAAAAAAAGUAUUUUAACUCAGCUGUAAAAUCAAGAUUCUUUUACGCUUUCACAUUCGUCAUAAAAUUAAUUGUUUAGUUUAACACAUUCAGUACGGCAGCACCUGACGGCCUUUGUAGCUGAGUCUGGAACUGACUUGCUCAAAAAACUAGAACACUCAGGAGUGUGCCCCAUGCAGUUGGCACUAUUUCAUUGUUUGGGAACCUAAUUAGGUCACACUUUUUACUUAGUACUUAGCGUAAUAAUUAAAAGUAAUCACUGAUUAUUUAGACCAACUAAAAUAAUAAUAAAUUAUAUUCUCUAUAACAAUUAAUAUAAGUAAAAAAAUCCAGUAGUCUGAAUGAGUUGGGCGAAGCACAUGAUAGAAUAGCUUGGGUCAAACUGAGGCCAGAUAGAGCAGGCAGAAUAUUUCCUCAAAGCAAACACUCCUCCAUACUGAAUGUGUUAAAUAACAGACUAAAUCCCACCACCCCAGGUUAUGUUCAUACAUUGUAAUAGAACGUGCACAUACAUACAUGCACAAAGAUGGUGGAAGAUUAAUGAGGCAUGCAAAUAUAUUUUCUGUUAAGUAUAAACUUUAAUUUUUAGUGUCAUAAUCUGUUUAUUAACAACGUUCAAUAGUGAAUUUCUCAAAAAUAAUAAUUCUAUAUCAUUUAAACACAAAUUGACUCUGACAUAACAUCACACCCACAACUAAUUUAGAGAUUAAAUGUUAUAAUUUGUUUUUAGUAAUAUCAUUGUGAUUUUAAUGAGAUAAACUAAUUAUUUUUAUUGUUAUUUUUUUGUUUUGUUAAUUUUUUUGUUAUUGUUAGUAAGAUGAUGAAAUUGAAUAUAUACCUGACAAUCAGAAUGUUAGUAUGAUUUCACCCCCCCCCCCAUAACAUAAUACAGAUGUUUUAUGAUCCUUCGUCCAACUCAUCUUUUUGCAGUAAUA